CGACGGCCCAGAUCGGCCUGCGAUCAGAAAGUUUUCUCAUCGGCCUGCGAUCUGGGCCGUCGCUGCCGCAACGGGUCAUCUAGUCAAGAUAUGGACCCAGCUAGUGAGCUGGUGUCGAUGUUGUUGGCGAAGGAGGCAGCUAAGGAACAGAGGAAAAAAGAGGAGGAACGCAAGAAACAGCGACGAGAGGCAAUCGAGAAAGAGGAGAAGCAGAGACGUAGAGAAGAGAGGAAACAACGCGAGAAGUUGGAGAACGACUUGCGCGUGGCAAAAAUCAUUGACAUGCAACUUUCGAAGCGUUGGGGUUCUGUCCGCGCGGUGCAGAACCAGGAAGAGAAACAGGAGCGUAAGAGAAGAAAGAAGACGCUGCAACACAAACUGCGGCGACGAUCAUCACGGGAAGAAAUCGGUACAGAUGAGGAGAUUGCAGCCAUCAGCGCUGGUAUCGAACACAUGGAACUUGGUAGUUCCGCAAGUUCGGAGAAAGAUGAAUCUCCUGCACAGACUCCUCUUACGAGGACUGCAAGGAGGAUGUACGGCUCAGGGAAAUGCCGAGGACGACCACAUACCUUUUCGGUUGCACCGCGCAACAUCACUAAGGAGAUCGUUCCUACCCCUGGACCUGAUGCAUGCGGAAGGUUUGUUCGGGAACAGAAGUUGAUGUUGGAGACGCUAGACUACAAGGAGGUGAAAGAGCUAUGUAAGAAGGAACACAUUCCGUACGUCUGUAAGCAGCAGGCUAUCGAAGACCUCGUCGAGAGAUGUGUGGCAGCCGCUCUCGGAAGAACAAAGCAAGCCCCUUCACCAGCGAUGCGCGCAACAGAUCCGGUAUCUAGUAGCACCGAUAUCGCCUCCUCGUCAUCGGAAGAAGCCGGAGAGAGCAGCGAUAGCGAAGCGUGAUGUGCUUGGCGUACAUGUGAGCUAUGGUCGAUAUGUCGGGAUUUUAUUCACAAACGAGAAUUGAGUCCUCAUGUAGAUUGUGAGUUGGAGACUAGCCUAUGUUGGGUCUUGUUCGCUUUAGUGACACGUGGAGGUGUACCGUGGGGUGAAACGUUCGUGAACGAUUGGACUAGGUUAUGUGUGGAGAACGACGAGGGGAUAGGAAGGGGAGAUGGUUGUGUGUACGUGGGAAUCGCGCCGUUUUGCAAAGCAACCUAUAUCGGCAAGACCGAG